UUCAACUCGAAAUGAAUCACUCACGCGUGCUGAGGGCCACAAAUAUUGUGCUGCUGGUGUCGGGCUAUCAGAUUUAUUGGCUGGACUCGAAGACCCAGCGUUUCCGAUUAUCCCUGCCUGGCAUUGUCCAUAUCUUGGUGCUGGCAGGCAUUUAUGCGGCCUGCAUUGCCCAGCACUUUGAUGCCACUUCAUCGAUGUUAACGAUUCUGCAGAAUGUAUCCAAAUUUCUGCAUGGACUGACCAGACUGCAGUUGCUGCUGGGUGUCAAGGUGUUUGUCUAUGCGGUAUACUCAUCCGUCAGAGCUGUGGGUGUCAUCAACCCACUGUUGGAGUCGCUGGCUGGAAAGGCGGCGAGUGGAUUUCGCAAAGAAGAGGCCAUGGCCUAUGCUCUGUUGGUAUCCACUUUUGGAGUGCUCCUCUGCUUUGGCUUCUACAUUGCCUACGAAAUGAAAUUCGAGUUGCCGCCACUUCAGGAUGCCAUGAUUGGAACGGCCCUCUUUAUGCCACAUCUCUGUCUGGCCGGAUCCCUAAGAUUGUACAACAUUUUGGCCUGGCUAACGCGUGACAAGUUGAAGGAGAUCCAAGCGAAUGUGGAGGAAGCACUUGCUGUUAAUGGCAAGAAAGAUGAGCUGGAAAUGGCCUGCACAUCCUUGACGGUGUCCGUCAGUAAUUCCAGUUCGGACAACCUCGAGAGUCUGCGGCAACAAUUGCAGCUCCUUGGCAGCCGAUUCGGUGACUUCUUCAAGGCCAUGCAGCACUCUCUGUUGUUUCUGGUCACCAUGAAUGGCAAUUGUCUGCUGUUUGGUAUCUAUUCGUACAUUUACUAUAGAAAUACCUGGCAUGUGCUCUUUGAGGAUCGCAAACGUAGGAUUUUCUAUGCGGCAAAUGCUUCCAUUUAUGCCUGCAUUGCUUGUGAUUACUUGUGUUUACUUUUGGUACAGUUCUUAAUGGAAAAAGAGCGCCUUGGAAUGCUUAAAAGUCUUGAAUCCUUUUUAAUUCAACGAAAUUCUCUGUCCAAACGCAUUCGCUCUCUAGCUAAGGAUAUUAAGGGUACUCUCGCAAACACUUUCCAGCACAAAUUUCUCUGCCUGUGGCGCUUUGAUGUUCUGCAUUUCGUUUUGCUGCUCUUCUUUCAAGGUCUUAUAUUUGCGCUCAUUGUGAUGUAUCAUUUUUUGAGUGAUGAAAUAUUACAGUUGCGCGAACAAUUAGAUUCCUCUGAUGAAUAAAUAAUUUAGCUGAAAUUUCAAGCUUAGGUUAAGUCAGUGAUUUGUGCUACGUAAUUAGAUAUAUCCACUGCACAGUGCCGACUGUCUAUCGUUCUUUGGGCCAACAACUCCAUAUUAAUUAUCUUCAUAUGCAACACUUAAUCUAUAAAUUUAUCCGCUUGCCUGAACCAAACUGUCUGGGGCAACAAAUCACGAUUAAGAUGCCAAUAAAAUGGGGCUCCGGGAUGGCCAAUCAAAGUAAAAUGUUUGCGGCCUUCGUUAGAGAUGAGGCAACUUAAUAGAAAUCACCAUAAAACUAAGCAAAAUAUUGAUAAUAAUGGAAAUAUAUAUGUUUCAAUCAAUAAAUGAAUUAAAAAUAUAAAUAAUAA